CGGAUUGAUACUACUUGGCGUUUUUCUCAAAUUUUUUGGAUAUUUUUAAAAAGAUGUUUCAUCUGGAUAAUACCACAAUCUAUAUUACGCGUUCCUGCGCGUUCCGCCGACUUCGCCGCCUUCGCCAUCCCACGAUCAUCAUCGCGACAUGUAGUACAUAUCCUACUUAAAUAGACUGCGCCAGCAACUCUGCCGAGUUCUCGGCCACCUGCAUGCGAAACGCACGUUCGACAAGUCGACGUUGCCGAUGGAGGAUUCCUUUCCUGCAUGUUUCGAGCCUCGUUUUCUUGUGCACGAGUCGUUGGAGCAGGGCUCUAUGUGCGCGAACGGCGGCCGUCAGCGCUUGAUGGGUCGCUUCUUCUUGGGCUUGUUCGUCCAGCAUGGCACCGAUCUCUUCAGACACGUCAUGUUCGUUGUCGUAUAAGUCGCGAAGGAGUUCGUCGAGCACAACCAAACGCUCGGCGCAUUCGUCAACCACUGCCUUCGCAUGAAGCAGUUGCUUCGCGGCGAGCACAGUGUGGACUCGGCAGUACUCCAUCUUCUUGUCUAGAAGGGCAUGACACAGGAUGCUCAAGGCAGCAGCUUUCUGCAUCGAGUCGGAUGAUGAUGUGAGGCGCAGACGGCGAAUGCAACACUGGUCAAACAAG